AUGGUCGCCGCGCCCGAGACCUUCCACGCCAACCCGCAGGCCGUCAGCCCGUCGCCCCAGGCCCAGCAGCAGGCCCAGUCGGCCGACUCGAUCAAGCAGCAGCGCGAGGCCGCCGCUCACCAGGGCCACCACGCCUCGCAGGCCAUGAACGGCGACCGCCAGUCCAACGGCUCGUCUCCCGUCAACGGCGCGAGUGCCGAGGGCGCCAACGUCAACCUGCCGCCGGCCGAGGUCGCGCGCAACAUCCCGUGCCGCUUCUUCCCGCUCGGCCAGUGCAAGUACGGCGAGCACUGCAUCUUCUCGCACGGCAUCCCGGGCGUGUCGGGCUCGCCGGGCGUCCCGGCGUCGCCGUCGGUCGCGGCCCAGAUCGCCCCGAGCCAGUCGGGCUCGCCGGCGCCGACGGUCCAGCAGCACGAGCAGCCGCAGCACCACCAGCAGCAGCCUCAGCCGGCGCACCAGCAGCAGCACGCCAUGCCGCCCGUCAUGCCCAUGGGCAUGGAGUACGGCAUGCCCAUGUACUACCCGGAGCAGGCGCUCGAGUACGGCUACCCGCAGCCGCCGUUUCAACACGGCGGGUACUACUUCCCGCCGCCGCCGCCGUUCGGCGCCUACCCGCCGCACGGCUACCAGCAGCAGCCGUUCCCGCCCCAGCCGUACUACGCCGUCCCGCCGCCGCCGCACGCCCCGCACCAGCCGCAGCAGAUGAUGCCCCUCCCGACCGCGACCGCCGCCGCCGAGGUUGCGCCCGUCCCGGCGCCGUCGGCCUCGCCGUCCGCACCUGUCGUCGCGCCGUCGCCCGAUGCGCGCUCGGUGCAGCCCUCGUCGGCCGCCGUCUCUGCGUCGACGUCGCCGGCGCCCGUCGAGAACGGCUCGGCAGCGCUCGCAGCGGCUGAGUCGGCCUCGCCCGCCCAGUCGUCGUCGCCCGUCACCGCCGAGGACUCGGCUGCGCCCGCCGCCGCGUCGUCGUCGUCGUCGUCCGCCGAGGGCUCGACCCUUCCUCGCGCCGCGCCGUCGCUCCACACGUUCUUCCAGACGUCGGGCCCGACGCCUGCCACACCCGCAACUGCCGCCUCGGCCUCGUCGACCUCGCCUCCUCCCUCGGCACCUGUCGCCUCGGCGCCCGUCCCUGCCCCGAUCGCGGCCCUCCCGGCCGGCGUUGUCCCGCCGCCCGUCGUCGCCGCCGUCGUGCCGCCGCCCAUGCUCAACGGCGGCUACCCCAAGCCGCCUCUCGCACGUGGCCCGCACGCCCCUCGUCGCUCGAUCCCGGGCCCGCCAGGCCCGAACGGCUUCCCUGUCGGCAACGGCGUCGUCGGCGGCGCCGGUGGUCCCGGUGGCCCGGGCGGCAAGCGCCGCUCGUUCGGCGGUCAGCGCCCGCCGUGCUCGUUCUUCGAGGCCAACCGGUGCCGCAACGGUGACGAGUGCCCGUUCGCGCACCUCCUGCCGGACGGCUCGGACGCGCGCGGGCUCGGGCGCGGCAUGAUCGGCGCCGACGGGCGCACGGACCACCCCGAGGCGAGCGGCGGCAUGCCUCCGGCAUGGCUCGCGAGCCAAAAGGCGAUGAAGCAGCAGCAGAACCUCAAGCGGCACCAGGUGCACCACCACCAGUCGCCGGCGGCGGUCCAGCAGGCCCAGGCGGCGGCCGUCCACGCCCACCUGCAGCAGGCUCAGGUCCAGCAGGUCCAGCAGCAGCAGGUCCAGCAGGCCGCCCAGGCCGCCGCCGCCAUGCAGCAGCUCGACCCGGCCGCGCUCGCCCAGCGCCAGCUCGAGAACGGCGCCGUCUUCAACGGCGGCUACUCGUACCGCGAGCGCAUGGCUGGCCAGCAGCAGCAGCGCCGGUUCGCCGAGGAGGCGCGCCAGGCCCAGCAGCAGCAGGCGUCGGGCGCGGCCGCUCCCGUCGACGGCCAGGCCGGCGCCGGCGCGUCGGGCCCGCAGCAGCAGCAGCAGCGUGCUUUUGUGCCCGGCGGCCCGCGCAACGGCUCGCUCCCGCCCGGCAGCGCCGCGCCGCAGCUCGUCGCCGCCAUCAACGGCCUGACGCGCCACAUCCCGCCGGCGCGCCACAACAACCACCACGGCGCGCAUGCUCAGGCGCACAAGCAGUCGCCGCACGCGCACGCCGGCGCUCCUGCCGCUCAGGGCCAGCAGCAGCAGCAGCAGCAGGGCGGCGCCGCGAACGGCCAGGGUGCCGCUCAGCAACAGCAGCAGACGUCGUCGCAGCAGCAGAACGCCUCGGCGUCGCAGCGCCUCCCGAGCGGCGACGACUUCCCGGCGCUCUCGCCUGCGGGCCCGCUCUCGCCGGCGCACGAGAAGGACGGGUUCGCCGCCGCUGCGGCCGCCGCUGUCGCCGCCUCGUCGUCGUCUGCGCCCUCGCCGCCCAAGGCCGCCGACGACGCCAAGCCGGCGCCCGCAUCUGCGCCUGCGCCCGCCGAGGCCGAGUCGUCGUCGACCGCUGCGGCCAAGACGCCGUCGUCGCCCAAGGCGUCGGACGAGGCCGACGGCUUCGUCAUGGUCUCGCACGCCGACGCGACCGAGCCUGCCUCGUCGACCGCCGCCGCCCCGGCGUCCGCCGCCGCUCCCGCACCGGCGCCCAAGAAGCUCAUGGGCGGCUGGGCGUCGGCCGCUGCUCGCGGCGCGAGCGUCGUCCUCCCCGAGAAGCCCAAGGCGCCUCGGGCCUUCUCGCCCGCCGCCAAGGCCGCUGCGGCUGCUGCGUCGACGUCGGCGCCGGUUAGCGAGAACGGCGACGCUGCCGUCGAGGGCAAGCCGUCGUCGGGCAAGGAGGCGUCGGCGUCGUCGACGUCGAGCAAGGGCCCGGCCAAGGACGAGGACGGGUUCGUGCGCAAGGAGGGCAAGAAGAAGCCGCACUACGGGCAGGGCGGGCACCGCGGCGAGCACCAGCAGGGCGGCAAGGGCGUCAAGGCCAACAGCGGCGCGCAGCAGGUCGCCGUCAAGGCCUAGAGCCCUCGUCGUCGUCGUCGUCGUCGCCCUCUCGCACGUCCAGCCUCGCCUUCUUCGCCCCUCACGCCUCGCCUCCCUCGACCGCGUCUCUCCUUCAGUCGUCCUCUUUCACUCUGUGCCUAUUCCCCUCUCGCCUCGACUCGCCUCGACUCGCCUCGACUCGUCGCAGCUCCUUUCCCUCCCUUUCCCCUUUCCUCGCCCAUGUCUUUACCCCUACUUUGCCCUUCCCCUCCAUUGUCUCCCUAGCAUCAGCACCCACUCCUUCUCCCUACCUACUGACCCACCGACCCGAAAAGAGCCGACGCGCUCGACCUCGACCUCCCUCUUCCUCCUCACCUUCGCCUCGACUUUUCCUCCGUCUCGUUCCCCUUUCUCCUGCUUGACAUACCUUCCCCCUCCCUCAUCAUCUCUCUCGUUGUGUCCUGUGGAGCGUGUCCUUGUUGAGCGGCGCGGCGGUGCGCUCGUCGUCGGUGGAGCGGAGGAGGUCGAGGAGGGGCGGUAGAACAACGACGCUUUGUUCAGCCUGCGCAGU